UGCAUGCCUCCACCACUGCAGAAGGAGAGAAUUAAAGCAAUGUGACCAGUUUCUACAUUUCUUAAUUCUUCAUUAAAACUUCCUCCUACAUGUAACUCUGGGAGUGUUUUUGAGGACACAGACCUUGAACAAAGAGCCCUUCUUGCUUGCUGGCUAGCUGCUGCUGCUGGUGGAGAGGGGCUGGGUUUGCUCUACAGUCUUCAAGCGGAUUUUUUAGACGACGGCAGGAGAAGCAGCAUCGGACUCAAGGCUGUGGGCUCGUUUAUUUCAGAGGCUGCUGUGAUCCUCCCGGCGUCCUGACGUCAAUUUAUAAGGACCCAGCAGUGCCGGGGAGCAGGCACACAACAAGAGAGAAAGAAGCUGGACCAUGUUGGCGUAAUAUUCCCCCUGAAACUGCUGGGCUUUCUGUGACUGACCACGGCCUGAGGCAAACACCAGGGGGGUCCCUGUCCUGAGAUUGUAUGCGUGAGUGCAGCCAUGGGGAAGGACUACUAUAAGACCCUAGGGAUCCCCAAGGGCUCCAACGAGGAGGAGAUCAAGAAGGCGUACCGUCGCAUGGCCCUGCGCUUCCACCCCGACAAGAACAAGGACGCCAACGCAGAGGAGAAGUUCAAGGAGAUAGCAGAGGCCUAUGAGGUGCUCAGUGACCCUAAGAAGAGGGUGGUCUAUGACCAGCUGGGAGAGGAAGGUUUGAAGACAGGAGGCAGUAGCUCCUCAGGUGCUCCAGGAAGCUCGACGUACCACUACACCUUCCAUGGAGACCCCCACGCCACCUUUGCCUCCUUCUUUGGUGGCUCCAACCCCUUCGACAUGUUCUUUGGCUCCAACCGGAGCCACAGCCGCUCCAAUGGGUUCUCCUUUCACAACGACCACGACAACGAGCAGGACAUGGACGUGGAUGAGGACGACCCUUUCUCCCAUUUUGGGAGACAAUUUGGCUUUCCCGGCGGGAUGAAUAAUGGCUUCCCAGGGGAGGGGCGCAGGAGAAGAGGGGCGCCAUCAGAGCGCCUAAGCACUGGGCGGAAGCAGCAGGACCCUCCAGUGGUCCAUGAGCUGAAGGUCUCCCUGGAGGAGAUCUUCCAUGGCUGCACCAAACGCAUGAAGAUCACCCGGCGGAGGCUGAACCCAGACGGGCGGAGCAUGAGGACAGAGGACAAGAUCCUCAACAUUGUCAUCAAGAAGGGCUGGAAGGAGGGAACCAAGAUCACCUUCCCAAAGGAGGGUGACGAGACCCCUGAGAACAUUCCUGCUGACAUAGCAUUUGUGCUCAAAGACAAAGGGCAUGCCCACUUCAAAAGAGACGGUUCCAAUGUAAUUUUUAACUGCAAGAUCAGCUUGAAAGAGGCGUUGUGUGGCUGCACAGUUAGCAUUCCCACGCUGGAUAACCGCAUCAUCUCGCUCCCGUGUCAUGACAUCAUCAAGCCAGGAACGGUGAAGCGAGUCAGGGGGGAAGGCCUGCCUUUCCCAAAGAACCCGUCACAGCGCGGUGACCUCAUUGUGGAGUUUUCCGUCCGUUUUCCCGACAGGAUCCCCCCGCAGUCCCGAGAGAUCAUCAGACAACAUCUUCCCCAGUCAUAAUACUCACAUUAACUACAACACACCAACACCUCCUUUAUGUGCCAUAUUUUUGACUUUAUUGUAGUUUCUCUUCCACUUCCAGUCCCCACUCUGUGUUAAGGCACUCAGCAUUUAAGUCUGCUGUUUGUAGGGUCUUCUUGGUGGGUGGAUGAGGGAAGAUUUCCAACAUGAAUGGCAGUAUCAGGAUGUUUUUAUUUGUUUGUUUUGGCACACAAAUACACACAAGCUUGGAGCAGUGGAGUGGUGCUGAGGAUGGGCUUAGCACAAUCGUGUCUUUUACCCAAUGGUCUUUUCUUAACUCUGUUUUUUACGGAUUUAUCAGUGGUUUUCUAUGCUGUCAGACUCUCUGAUCCUUGACUUUUUGUGAUAGGAUGAAGGUUGAGAUAUUUUUUAAAAGACACUUCUUUCCCAGGAUUAUUCUUUUUUCCAAAGGAAGUUUCAAAUAGGAUUAUUUAUUUUAUCCUUGGGUGUACCAGCAGCUUCAGUGUGUUAAGAGCAAAGUUCUAAUGCUUUUGGUCUGAGUGAGUGUUACACUGUUAUUCUGCAGGCUGUUAACUAUUCGAUAAGACCCGUCGCCCCUAAAACUAGUUGUUUUCUGAUGUGUGCAAUGCCACUUAGACUCCUUCAUCACUCCAAAUAAUAUCUCAGCUUCAUUGGGAAAAUAUGGGACAGACAAUCACACUAACAGCAGUGUAAGCUUGGUUAAUACAAUCUGCACAUUAUAAAGGUGCUUUUCCAUCUGAGCCUUGUGGCUGCUCAAAAAUAUCAGCUUAGCUCGCCAUAUGAGGGACAUCAAGGUGCCUUAGCCCAAUGUUAUACCACACAUGUGAACAUACACACAGGUCACACUGUAAUAUAGAAAGCCAGCCAUGAAAAGUGCACAACAGGUGAUGCCCAAUGCUGUGUUAAAACAUUACCUUUGGUAUCUGGUGAAAAAUACCAAGUAAGCAAUACAACUUUGAAAGUUGUAUUUCAUGUAAGCAAAGACCAUUUUUACUUAACUGAUGCAUUUAGCCAGUUUAUCCCUGUAAAGUGCCGUACAAGCACAGGCUGGAUUUCCCAGAGGAACCUACAUCCACUAUAAAAAGUGAAGAUUUCUCUGGGAAAGCCAGCUCUGCUGUAUAUUCUGCUUUCUCUCGUGCCAUUUAAAGGCAGUGUCUCGGUGCUACUGUGAGCAGUGCCAAAAGUAGACCCCUAAAGGAUCUACAUUUGGUUAAAUGAGUCUUUAGUUUGUGAUUUAAUAAUUGCUUCUGUCAUAGGUAACAUCUGUACAUCAAACUUCCCAUCUGUUUUCCAGUAGAGACCCCGGUUGGGCAGGUUUUAUAUUUUUGCAGCAGCUGUUCUGUGUGUCAGCUGUAGGGGGCUCUAAAGCUCUCCUCGGCUCUUCCUACUGUACUUUACAGUACAAAUAAGAAAUAUUUAUAAGUGUGAUUUAUGCCAACAGACCUGUGAGGUCAUAUAUAUCUUGUAGGACAAAUGUUUGAAUGCAAAAUGUGGAUAAAAGCACUUUUAUGUUGUUAGAAAUAACUGACAAACUAUGAGAUGAUGGGAUGGACUUGAUGUGUCUGAGUGUGAGAGCAUCCUGAAUCUCAGAGAAUGAGAAGCUGGAAUUUAUGAAAAAUCAGAAUGUACGUGUGCUGCUGCUGAGAGACUGACUCUGCUUCUGUGCAUUUUAACAUAUUUAUGACCUUUUGGAAACAAAUAAACCAACUGUGUGAACUUAA